AUGACGACAAGCUUUAACUGCUAUCCUCGUGCAUUCGCUGGCCGCUCCACCACCAACGCUACUGCUGAUUCAUUGCGAUGUGGCGAAUGCUUUUCAUGCAUUUCGAUGUCGCUGGCAUCUGGAGAACGACGGAAAUCCGAGAUGGUGUUCGCCCUCAGCUCCGAUCAUACAGCUAUGAACAAAUUGUUGGUACUGAUCGCAUCCGUCCACAAGUACUAUCCAUCCACCAAGAUUCUCCUGUACGAUAACGAAAUUGGCAGUGACUUGCUGCAGAAACGAUUGAUCAGUGUACGGAACGUAAUAGUGAUACCUGCUGAAGUUGCCACGCAGCAUCCUUCUGAUGAAGCAGAUAAAUUUCAGUGGAAUGCCUGUUUCCUAUGGGAUGCCUUGACUCGAUACAGAACGGUGCUCUGGUUGAACGAUGAUCUCGAGUUCCUGUCCAGAAAUCUGGACGAGAUUCUGAAUAAGACGACAUCACCCAUAACUGCUAUCGGUCGUGAAUACACCACCGACAUAAGGAAACACGGAUUUGUUCCCUACUUCCCUGGCACGGUCACGCCGCGGAACUACACGAUGCUUCUGUUACGAACUGGAGCCGGAAAGACAUUUCAAUGUUUCUAUUGGAACAUUGUGUUGGUUCUAUCCAUUCGCUUAACGAAAAUAAAGCCAGCGUAUCCAUAUGUGUUCUCAGGAAACGAUAACCAGUUACUAUUCCAGAUGUUGGUAUUGCAGGGAGCGAUUUUAACAAUGUGCGUGACAGGCAUUUGUGGAGUAUCACUCUUGGAAGCGUAUCAUUCCGAUGCUCAGACGGCACGACGUCGAGGAAUGCUGAAUGUGCGAUUCCGUCCAGUGAUGCAUCUACGAGGUACUGACGACUGGCGGAAGCAGGUUGGCAUGGAAACGCUUCAUAACCAGAUGAUGGACGAGAAUGGCAUCGUAUUCGAUCUACGUCCUCCUACGAACGACAAAGUUUCAAGUAUCUUCUCAGCUCCUACAAAUACACAUGGCUAA